UUAAUUAAACAACAAGAACCCAAAGAAUGGCCUCAGGACCAGACCCUGGCGGCCGAUCUAGGUUUGCAAAGCUCGGAAUGGCAAUAAACGAAGAACUGACCCAGGCCUGUAGAGAUGUCUUAGAAAUGGAGGUACCUCCUGGUCUUGUCUAUAGCAAAGUGAAAGCAUCAUCGAUUUAUAAAAACAUACGCCAUGAGCAAGAACUUCGUCUCAUAGGCGCCAAAACAGAUGGUUAUAAAGAAUUUGAUAUUACAUUGUUAUAUACACUAAUAAGAAAUAUAUGUACAAAGAUUCCUAGUCCAACAAAAAGUUGGGGAGGAAACACGAUGCCGUCAGCAAGAGAAAUAACAAUCGGCGAUGACGUUGAGAGGAUACGAUUGAUAAGAAACAACAUGUUUGGACACAUAAGUUCGGCUUCUACCUCACUUUUAGACUUUGAUGACACGUGGUCAAUCAUAACUGAUAUCUGCCAAAGGCUACAAACGUACACAAAGAAAGACUACAUGUCUGGACUGAGUAAUAUUCAAAGUCAGGCUUUAGAAGAGGAGUACGAAACAACAGUCAUAGAAAAACUUAGGGAAGAAUACAAAAAUAGCCAAUCUCUAAUGGAAAAAAUAUCUUCUGUGGAGCAGGAUUUGCAAGAAUUGAAAACAAAGUUCGAAAACAAAGAAAACACUCUGGUAAAGGAAAUUCUCGAUAAUUGGCGAGAAGACGAUAUUACCUUUAUUUCUACAAGAGCUAGUGAAGUGGUUAAAGAAAAACUUGAAAGUCUUAACCUUAUCACUGUGGUUGGAAAUUCUGGGUCCGGAAAAUCUGCAAUAAUUCAGCAUAUUGCACUUAUUCUUAAAGAGCAGGGAUGGAAUGUCAUACCGGUGGAUAAGUUGGAAGAAGUUAAAAAGAUCUGUUCAUCUGGAGUCUCAGAAAAUCGCAUAUUAUUUGUAUUCAAUGAUCCUUUAGGUAAGGAAUCGUUAGAUGAAGUUUUAUAUCACUCAUGGAAAAGUUUAGAGAAAACACUGGAGAUUUGCCUGAAGAAGAACAAGCUAUUGAUAUCAUGUAGAAGAUGUAUAUUUUAUGACAAAAGGGUCAAGGGUAACUUAUUUGAUGAAUCCACUGCAGUAGAAAUCGACAACAAAGAGAACGGACUGACUGUGAAAGAGAAAGAAUCGAUUUUUAAUCAUACUCUACAUGAACUGAACCGCUCUUAUGUCAAACGUGUCGGAAAUGCUUUCCAAUUCCUUCACGACUUUAUUAUGGAGAUAACGACUCUGGUGUUUGGUGUGGAUUGUCCACAAGAGACAAUUCAGUACGCAGACAGCGGUUUUCUGAGACGUCGGGUGAUGAUAGAAGAAGAUACAGAAAAGGAAGAUCGCGAUCCUUUCACUGUUUACCUUCCUGAAGAUAUGCCACAAACAAAGUUAAAAGAAUAUCCAAUAUUUUCUGCUGUAUGUGCCAACGUUGAUUCAAAUUUAUUGAAAUUCCUCAGCCUAGAAUAUAAAAAAGAAGCUGUGGAUGAAAUGUGCAUGACUCCAUUAAUUCUGGCAGCAGCAAACACUGAAGAACAUUUGAAAGAGAUUGGAAAGAAAGUAGAAGGAGACAGACGUAAUAAAACCAUUCUUUCCUUACUGAAAAACGGUGCCAAAAUCAAUAUGUGUGGUAUCGAUGGUGUCACUCCUCUCUACAUAGCUUGCCAAAAUGGACAUCAAAGCACUGUGCAACUUUUAUUAACUAAUAGCGCUGAUAUACAUUUAUGUGACAAAGAUGGUAAAAGCCCCCUCUAUGUAGCUUGUCGAAAUGGGCAUGACAAUACAGUAAAGCUUUUACUAAACAACGGCUCUCAAAUCAAUUCAUCGGACAAUGAUGGAAUCAAUCCCCUUUUUAUAGCAUGUCAGAACGGACAUGACAGUACAGUGCAGCUUUUACUGAAUAACGGUGCUAAAAUAAAUUCUUGUGACAACAACGGGAGAAGUCCUCUCUAUAUUGCUUGCCAAAAUGGACAUGACAACACUGUACAUAUUUUACUAAAUAAGGGUGCUGAAAUUAAUUUAUGUAACAGGAAUGGAUACACUCCUCUCCACAUAGCUUGCUAUAAAAGACAUGAGAGUACAGUACAAAUUUUACUGAAGAGAGGUGCUGAAAUCAAUUCUUGUGAUAGAGAUGGAAAAAGCGCCCUUUAUACAGCUUGUUUCAAUGGACUUGAGAGUAUGGUCAAACUCUUACUGAACAACGGCGCCAAACUAAAUGCAUAUGACAAGAACGGAAUCACUCCCCUCUAUCAAGCUUGUAACAAUAAACAUGAAAACACCGUACAACUUUUACUAGUCAAUGGGGCCGACAGCAGUUUAUGUACGAAAAAUUCAGUCAGUCCACUCCAAAUUGCUUCUUAUAAGGGCUAUGACAGCAUGGUACAUUAUUUACUGACAAACGGCGCAAAAAUCAAUUUGAGUGAUAAUCAUGGAGCGAGUCCUCUUUGGAAAGCUUGUCAGAAUGGACAUGAAAGAACGGUUAUAAUUCUUCUGAAAAACGGAGCUGAUAUCAGUAUCAAUCAUGAAGAUGGUUCGAAUCCGCUUUCUAUAGCGAGUGAAAAUGGGUACCAUAGCAUUGUGCAACUUUUAUUGAAUAAAAGUCUUGAUACCAACUUAUGUGACAAGAAUGGAAAAAGUCCCUUGUAUAAAGCAUGUAUAAAUGGACAUUUCAAUACAGUACACCUUUUACUAAACAAUGGUGCAGACAUCAACUUAUGUAACAAGAAUGGAGUCAGUCCUCUUUAUAUAGCUUGUAAAAAUGGACAUGAUAGCACGGUACAACUGUUACUGAAAAACGGUGCCGACAUCAAUUUAUGUAAUAAUGAUGGAUUUAGUCCCCUUUCUGUAGCAUGUGAAAAUGGACAUGAUAGCACGGUAAAACUUUUACUGCACAACGGUGCCGACAUCAAUUUAUGUGAUAGUGAUGGAAAGAAUUCUCUUUUUAUAGCUUGUAAAAAUGGACAUGAUAGCACGGUA